GGUCAGGAUGAUAAGGAGAGCAAACACCCCGAGAGAUAUAAAUACCGAGAGGAGCCGGAGAGCGGACACUCGGCACGUGAGCGGCAAAGGUAGUAGAAGAAGAAGAAGAUGAGGUCUCUGGUGGUCUGGCUGUCUCUGGCCCUCCUGUCUGCUGUAUACUGCAAGCAUGCCUGCCUGCGGGGGGCCCAUCACAAGGCGGCCCCGGGCCCCGAGACCGGCAUGCAGGAGUGUCACCUCUACUCCAACUCCUCCUGCUGUCACGCCAACGUCACCGAGAAGAUCUCUCCGUCUCCGCUCAUCCAAGUGGAUAAUUUCUACUGGAACAGAUGUGGGAACCUCAGCAAACCCUGUGAGGAUUAUAUGAAGAAGAUCGAAUGCUUCUAUCAGUGCUCCCCGCUGACCGCACACUGGGGUCACCCCAACAUCUCCGUCGCCAUCCAGAGAGUGCCGCUGUGCCAGACCUUCUGUGACGGCUGGUUUGAAGCUUGCCGGUCAGAUCUGGUCUGUGCGCACAACUUCCUCACCGAUUGGACGUAUGACGAGAGCGGAAACCAUUGUAAGAAUGACUGCGUCCCCUACGACAAGAUGUUCGGGAACGGGACAGAUCUGUGUGAAAACUCCUGGGGGUCCUCGUUCGCGGUCAGCACCUCUCCGUGUCGAUGUCUGGACAUGACGGAGAUAGACGCCAAGGUCAUCACAUACAUACUGGAGGGCGAGCACUCAGAGGAGAGUGGGGAGGAGCAGGCCUGUAAGCCCCGCCUACAGCAACCCUCUGGCAAGAAGGGGCCCGACGGGGAUGAUGAAGAUGACUGAGUGCCUCAUAGGGCCAUUGUGGUGUAUUUCCAUUUAUAGUGAUAGUGAAUGUGGAUACUCCCAGCUCGGCAAUGUACACCCAGACUGUGACAGGCGGUGGGGAAAUGAUUGUACACCCGCCGUUGUUAAUAUUGCACGUCUUGCUCCCCCUGGUGGUCCCUGGGUUUACUCCGCUCCUCUGAAGGCCCUUCGCUGACCUUCUCUAUGGCCGAAUGAACCUGGAAGAGCUCUGAGCACAGAAGAGCAGACUGAGGGCUCCGUGUCCCCAAUCUGCACUAGAAGCCGAGAAGGGAUCAUCAGUCUAAUGUCUGCAUAAAAAAUACCUGUCACUGCUAUCACAUAGGAGACCUGUCAAUAAAAAUGUUAAAAAUGAAUAAAAA